UUUUCUGUUACUUCCACUCUUGUUGCUGGCUGGUCAACAACCCACCAUUCUACACCAAUGAUGGUGAUAAACAUUUCUAAAGGGGAAAUAGUAACUGGAAUAGGAAUGAGAAAAAUAAAGAAACUUAACAUGAGCACUUAUCUUGCCAUCACUUAGGAUAUGCAUUCUGCAUGUGAACCUCUGGAAAAUGCUGGGGAUCCAUCCCUGGAGCCAACAGGUGGAAUUGGAUGUCAUGCCAAAAGAGGGGCAGUGUCUGACAAGAUGUUUUUGACUGAAGUUUUGUCUCUGGAGAUGGAGCCAAUAAAGAGUUUCUUGGAUCUAGCCUCUAAACCAUGUGUUAAUUUGCUUGUGUAAUCAGUAGGCACACAAUGGAACUUGUGUCAGAAGCCAAGAAUUCAGUCUGGUGUCAUGAAACAAGAAGGGAAAGAGUGAAGAUUAUGCUUUAGUAGGAGUUAKAUGUUUUUCAAACAGCUGCUCACUGUUUCUCAAGGUCUGCAAUUGCUUGGCGAUGGAAGAUGCCACAUCAAUGAAAGAAUGAAUGAUGAGCUGAGUUCUGUCAAUUUAUUGUCAGCACUGGGUGUAGCACUGACAUUUUACUGUUCAUCAMGAAGGAAGAUAAUUUUGAAAAUAGCCUUCCUAGAGAGGUGUGUUACCUGUUCCAUAGGAGUACAUGCUGGCAAUACUGUUGAUCUGAUCUCUACUGCAGAAUUGCUUGGACCAAUGAGCAUCAUGUCAUGACUCCUCCAGUCGGAAACUGCUGAGAAAUCAGGAAUAUCAGAGAAGGGGGACACAAGCACAAAGCCAUAUGGAGGAUGAGCCUCCUCCUCAAGGAGUCAGUGUCAAGGCCUUGGAGGCAACACUGUUGUCAGCCCUGAAGAUGCUGGAUGUUGGGAAAUGGCCGAUUUUUUCUCUCUGUUCUCCAGAGGAGCUCAAGUUAAUUCGUCAAGCCUGUGUAUUUGGCAGUGCUGGUAAUGAAGUGUUGUAUGCAACUGAAAAUGAUGAGGUUUUUGUGCUUGGCAUGAACUGCAGUGGCUGUUUGGGAACAGGAGACAUGCAGGGCACCAUAGAACCAAGGAGGUUAGAUUCCCUGUGUGGCAAAAAGAUAGCCUGCCUGAGUUAUGGAAGUGGCCCUCAUGUCGUUCUUGCUACAGAAGAAGGAGAGGUGUACACAUGGGGUCAUAAUGCCUACAGUCAGCUGGGCAAUGGUACAACAAAUCAUGGUUUCGUUCCAUGUCAAGUCUCUACUAACUUGGUGAACAAGAAAGUGAUUGAAGUUGCCUGUGGCUCUCAUCAUUCUAUGGUGUUGACAUCUGAUGGUGAGGUAUAUACAUGGGGUUAUAACAACUCAGGCCAGGUUGGAUCUGGUUCAACAGCAAAUCAGCCAAUUCCUCGAAGAGUUACCAGCUGCCUACAAAAUAAAAUAGUAGUUAAUAUAGCUUGUGGACAGAUGUGCUCUAUGGCUGUGGUGGAAAAUGGAGAGGUCUAUGUCUGGGGGUACAAUGGAAAUGGCCAGCUGGGGCUGGGCAGCAGCGGCAACCAGCCCACGCCUUGCCGGAUYGCAGCCCUGCAGGGCAUUCGUGUGCAGCGGGUUGCCUGUGGCUAUGCACAUACAUUAGUGCUAACAGAUGAAGGUCAGAUAUAUGCCUGGGGAGCCAAUUCAUAUGGCCAGUUAGGUACUGGGAAUAAAAGUAACCAGUCUUACCCUACAACAGUUAUUGUGGAUAAGGACAGAGUCGUGGAGAUCGCAGCCUGCCACUCUGCGCACACGUCAGCUGCCAAGACCCAGAGUGGCCAGGUGUACAUGUGGGGCCAGUGCCGGGGGCAGUCCGUGACCUUUCCCCAYCUCACCCACUUUGCCUGCACUGACGAUGUGUUCGCCUGCUUUGCCACCCCUGCCGUCAUGUGGCGCCUGCUCUCCGUAGAGCCUGAUGACCAUCUAACAGUAGCCCAGUCACUGAAGAAGGAAUUUGACAACCCUGAAACGGCAGACCUGAAAUUCCUAGUGGACGGAAAAUACAUUCAUGUUCAUAAAGUGCUUCUCAAAAUUAGGUGUGAACAUUUUCGCUCCAUACUCAAUAAUGAUGAUGAAAUUAUAGAAAUGAGUGAAUUUUCAUACCCUGUUUACCGAGCCUUCCUGGAAUAUCUCUAUACAGACAACAUUAGGCUCCCUCCUGAAGAUGCAAUAGGCCUGCUAGAUUUGGCAACACUGUAUAGAGAAAACAGACUAAAAAAGCUUUGCCAGCAAACGAUCAAACAAGGCAUUUGUGAAGAGAAUGCCAUUGCUCUUCUUUCUGCUGCUGUCAAGUACGAAGCUCAGGACUUGGAAGAAUUUUGCUUCAGAUUUUGCAUAAACCAUUUGACUGUUGUUACGCAAACUCAAGGCUUUGCAGAAAUGGACCAUGACCUCCUGAAAAACUUCAUUAGCAAAGCCAGCAGAGUGGGAGCAUUCCGAAACUGAGGUCUGACUACAACCAAGUUGAAGAGCAUGUCCUCUUCCCUCCUGGAAAUACUUCUCCCUCCUGGAGAACUUCUCCAUGGUCAGAAUGUGCAAUGGUUUGAAAGGAAAGUCUUGGUGUCCAUCAACUUAGGGCAUGUGUAGAAGUCCACUAACAAUGUAGGCUUUGUAAGGAUGGCUGCAGUGUAGAUGUGUGGUGACUGUUCAUUGCCAACAGGCAGAACGCAACACAAAAAUCUAAUGCAGCGACUACUGUUUCCCACUCAAAGUCAAGCAAACUAAGCAUGCCAUUAUCUAGUCUGUCUAAUUUUUAAUUUUUUUAAACCAUCUUGUGUUUGGAUUUUAUUUUUUUGGACAGUGAGACCUGUUUGCUGCUAAAACUUCAUAGUGUACUUUUGUCUCAAAACUGCAUUAAUAUGCCAUAGUGGGCUUCUUUUUGUCUGGUUAUAAUCCAGUGAAGAUACAAACUUGUUUUUCUGAAUGUAUGGUAAAAUAAUGCAAGUUUUUUAGGGUGAGAGGCUUUCUGGUUUGUAGGUGGGUAUGUCUCACUUGAUAUUUAUUUGGAGUUUAUUUAUGAGGAGCUUUGGCAGGAUAUUACAGUUUUGAGUUCCAGCACUUGUUUCAUUGUUUAGCCAGAAUAAAAAGAAUCUCCUUUUCCAUUACACCAGGCAUGGUCCCUGGCACCCAUGCAACUCGCCAUGUGUGUUUGGAUAUGAAUUGUCACGCUCUGAGUUUUACUGUGAAGAAAACCUCCCAGUUACAGACACAAACAAGAUUUCAAGRAAAGGAAGUUCCGCUUGAGGUUUAUUUAUUCCUGUCUGUCUAUCCCCAGGUAGACAAACUUCGUUAAAAUGGAGAAAAAGGUGAUUUUUGAAGUCGUAACUAUUUACUUACAAGUAAGUAGUAAGGGUGAAUUGAAACUAUUUACUUACAAGUAAAUAGUAAGGGUGAAUUGACACUUUAUUCCAGAUGUUGAUAAACGUAUCUUGUCCAAAUAAGGUGUUUCAGAUUCUCCCGUGGUCAGAGCUGUGAAGUGACCACAGGACUUUCUUUGCAGGGCUGUUCAGGAGAGAGGAGCUGUCCUCUGGACAUGCCUCUCUCCCAGCAGUGACCAUCAGUGGCUAAGGUAGGGUAGAUGGCUAUUUCUAACUGACUGAAGGCAGUUAAGGCAAACCCCACCCAGUGCUGCACAGAGGGAGGUUUGCCCCUUACAGAAGGUGUGGAGCCCAUGGAGCAUUUACUUGAAUUUUCUAAUAGGUGAAUUAACCCUGAGAAUUUAUUUCUCUUAAAACUUUGAGUGAAGUGACUUCAAGUGCCUUUUGCAGUAUUUUACAAAUGGGGAAGACAAAAGGCUGGAUGACCAGGCUCAGAGUCCUAAUUUAAUUAUAUAAUUAGUCGUGCAACCUUCCUGCAGGUCCUUGCUGUGCUACAGAAUCCUUCAAGGACUUUUUUAACCUUCUAAUGUGGUUUCUAAGAACUUAACUCCCUUAAUUUGUCACAUUCCUCAUUUCUAAGGUGGAAAUAGCUGUUCUUUACUAUACUGGAGGCUCAUUUCUCAAACAGUCCUKUUUUUUGAGGAGAGUAGGAGGAAAAAGAGCAGCACAUACUCAGAAAAGUAGUGAGUAGUGCCCCUCUUCAUCCCAGUCCCUGCAGGUGUGAGUGGAAACAUGAAGCACACAAGCAGCAGAAUUUAGUUAAGAAGAGGGCAAUGAGCCAAUAUUUUGGAAAACGCUGUGGUAAAUAUUUACUUCUGUUUGAGACAUUUGCCUCAGGCUCUCACUAGAAAUAUACUGGAUCAUCUACUGCUAGCAAGCACGUUCUGCCACCCCCUCAGUGAUGAGUGUGACUUCUUUCAGCAGCAUUAAGUCCAUUUCUGGCAGCUGCAUCAGUAUUUAUUGUUCAGAGGURGUUGAAACCUUUCCAGUACAUAAUGCAGAUUCAUCAAAACCACAGCUUUGCUGGAGGAAGAGAUGAAUUUUGGUUUGUGUUGGGAAGCAUUUGACACCAGCACACAGGUAGAGGUUAAUGCAGACAGUGCAUUAUUUCCUUCCCGCUCCUAAUUUCCAACCAACCAUACACAUUAAAGCCUACUUGCAAUUUCAGAAUAAUUGACAAACCCUGUAAUUUUCAGAAGAAGCAUCGCUGGACUGAAUGAGGGUGAUUCUAAAGAUCCAAUGUGUCAGCAUUGGCUUUUAUUCAUGCCAUCUGUGUCAUCUGACCUGGAUGUAAUAGUGUUACAUUCAUAGAGACAUAUAUUUAUUUAAUUUUUUAAAUUUUGUUGCAUGCAUUUUCAGGUCAGUGUUUAAAAAAAAACCUUACUGGCUUAGGUGGUUAAAUGUGGGUGCACAGAUGUAAAUAUGUGCUUGAAACCCAACCAUAGGACAUUUCAGGAGAAAUUAGGGGUGCAUUUUACUGUUGUGAGACUGUCUGCAACCACCUCGUGUUUGUAGAGUUUACAGGUUAAAUACUUAAUAAAGUAUUGUUCUGUUUUAGGAUACCACAGACAAAAAGUAUUUAUUAAAAAGUGAAAAUAUGGUCAAGCAUAAACUGUGUCUGGGGUUUAAAUAAAGAGCUGUGUUCCACUUUCUGGAAAGGAAUCUAAUGGAAAGAAAAAUUACAUGGCCAGAGUAAUUUAAAGGUUCUCCUAAGCUACUGAGGCAAAAAGCCAGCACUGCAUUGUCAUCUUGUACCCACCUGUAGAGUUUUGUUACACUGCUUGGUAAAUGUGUAAACUGGUGUUUUUAUAUGAUCUGAACAAUUUCCAUGGGCUUUCUUGUAAAACAAAGCAUUUAUUUGCCCCAUAGAGGCAGGACUCAUUGGUUACCACCCAAUGAUGUAGGAAGUUUACAGCCUGAACAUAAAUGAUUUUUUGUUUCUUUACAAACUUACCUGGUUCAAUAAACCAUUAAUAAAAAUGUCAUAUUUAAAAGAAUAUGAGUGGGAUUUUUUUCCUUUCUUUUCAGUAAAAGUGAAGAAAGCUUGAUGCUUGUAGACUGAGUUGACUGUGUGUGAGGGGAAAAGAAAUAAAUCAGA